CUUCUCAGCAGACACUAGAACUUCAUCCGUGUUCAUCCUAACAGUGGAUAAAAUCAUUUGCUUAAAGCCGUGUCUACAAUCAGCAACAAUUUCACCUCCAAUUUUUCUAAUCUUUUCAUGGACUUGAGAUAUGCCCUUGAACCUUUCUGCAUAAACAGGUGACAGGAUCUGUCAGACUAAACCAUCGCCCUGAACUUUAUAACAGCAAGAGAAACUGCCUGCAACAAAUUUGAGAAUAUUUUAGAUCUCCUGUAUUACUGUCACUUGAACUUCAUCUGGAUCAAGGCUUAUAGAAGUGAUCGAUUGUUUUUCAAGUCAUGGAAUGUUUUUUUGAGCUAAACAGAUAUUUUAUCACAUUUUUUCCUAUUUUCACCUAUUAACUGGAUCUAGGGGAAAUGAAUUAUUUACCUUUUUGGUUGUUUGAGAUAACUAGAACAAAUUUAGGAAACAUAUUUCCAUUAGCUAUAAUUCUAGGUCGUCAAAAAAGUAAAUGAACGUUUAAUGAUUUCUGAUUUACACAAAACAUUUUUUUGUUUUUGUUUGGAUUUAAGUAAAUUAUAUUCUGAUACAAAUUCAAGAUUUAACUCUAAAUUGGCAUUUAAAUAAAUAAAAUAUUAUCACUGACCUUCAUUUUUGGAUUUCUAUUCUAAGACAAUCCAGAAAUCGCAUAUUUCCCUUUUUUUUGACUGGGCAUGUAAAAUAACAAUAUUUUCUUGAUGAUGAUUUUUUAGGAGUUUGUUAGUGUAAAUAAGAUACAGUCUCUGAGAUUACUGAUCACCUUGGGUGAAGAUUAAAGACAUUCAAGAUGCCCAGAGCAUUUCUGGUGAAGAAGUCCAGUUUGACAUCAGGAAAGAAGAAAUGGGGAGAAGUACCAGAUGAGAAUAGAGGAGACAUGUUUAUUCCAGGUGAAUUUAUUUAACCUCGUAAUUUUUCUGUGAUAACAAUCCAUCAUUGUAUUUUGUCUUUAGGGUGUUUCUGUUUUGUCUAACCCAGCACAGCAAACAAUCAGAAUGCUUCGUACAGUGCCUGCUCUCCUAUAAAAUGGAGGUAUGACCAAUCCAUAUGUACACUAUAGCUAAAGUUAAAGGGAUUCCAGAACCCUAAAUCACUAUAGCUUGCUGAAGGUCCUUAUGUGUGUAGAGUGUGUCCUAUUGUUUUUCAUUUUACAAAAAGUGCAAAUAUCAAUAGAAAUUAGCACUUUUUUUUAAAUUAACUUUGUUUAACCACCCAACUGUGAAUUAGACAACUGAUCCUCAUACCUCUUGGUUGUUUAACUUAUUGGAGCUAAACUGAAGAGGCAAGAAAUUGCUCAGAUGUCUCAUUGAUCAGCAUUGGCUAAGUCUUGACUAGGGUAGAAGGGUGGGCUUGCAAAGGCUGCAGACAAGAGAUCUGCAGCUUUUAUAAGCUGUUUUCAGAUAUACCACCAAAGAAAAAAACAUACUACAGACACUCCAGACCCCUAAGCACUUUAGCUUGCUGAAGUGUUUUAUGUGUAAAGAGUGUGUUCUCUUUUUCAAAUUACAAAAAGUGCAAAUUUCUGUAGAAAUUGGCACUUUUUAAAUUAACUUUGUUACCCCCUUGGCAGUCGAUCUGAUAACUGGUAGGCGAGGUAUGCAAUUGCUCAAAGCACCUGCCUCACAAAGACUUCUUAUUGAGCUGCUGGGAAGUGACUAGGGUUAGAAAGGGAGAGCUAGCAAAGGCCUCUGACAAGAAAAUUGCAAGUUGAUUUUAGAUAUACACAAUGAAAAAAAUAUAUAAAUAAAUGCUUGUUUUCAUUAGGGGUAUAUCUUCUACCAGGGAUAAGCAACCUUCAGCACUCCAGAUGUUGUGGACUAUAUCCCCCAUAGUGCUCUCACACCCAAAAUGCUAGCAAAGCAUCAUGGGAGGUGUAGUCCAAAACAUCUGGAGUGCCAAAGGUUGCCUAUGCCUGUUCAACACAGUGAUAUAUACAAUUAGCCUGCAUCUCUGACACAUGCCCACAUCUUCUAAAAAACAAUAAGUGGAUGGGAUGGUUGAGAAAGCUGAGAGUUUUUAAUGGGGUAUGCUGUCUUGUUGAUUAAAGGCUUAGGGGAUAAUUAGGAAACUUAAGAUGCUAACAUGAUAUGUCUGUAGCAAUUUUUAUUUGUUUUCAUACAGAAAGAUACACAGCCGGGCGCUCACUGUUUCAGUUGUCAGCUGACUGUUAUGUUCACCUUCAAGGUUGAAAUAGUAUGUACUUAGGCCCCAAUUUCAUAUAUUUGGAUAAUCUUUUCAAGUGACUUACUAUUUUCAGAUAGACUUUUAAAAUGAUUUAGUAUAUUAAAAAAUAUAUAUUUUUUAUUUUUGAUAUAUUUAUUGGUCGUUUAAUAAUUUGAAGGAAAAAAAUCAUUUAAUAAAGCUUAUCCAAAAAUAUUAAAUUAAGGCCUUAAAUGGUUGUACUCUUAAUCCCAAAUAAAGUUUGUGUACUCUUAUAUUUAAUUAUGUAUUUUAAUUCAGACCAAUUUAUCCAUUACCAGCUGCAGAUUACGGCAUCAGAUGCAGCUCAGCUUUGUUAUGGAGGUUUAUUGGAUUUGUAGUCCACAGCAUCUGAUAUAAAAGUGCCCAUCAUUGCAGUAGGGGUAUACCCUUUUUUUUAAAAGGGACACACCACUGCCCAAAUUAAAAAAAACUAAAUAAAAAAAUAGGGGUGGGGCCUGACUGCCAACCAACCAGAAUGCAAGUUUCAAGAGCUCCUAGACUAAUUCCUCAGAUUAAGCUAAAAAGCAAUAUUUAUAGCAAUUUAUUGACACCCUCUCAAAAUUCAGCCUGGGGUUAAGAGUGUGUACUUACCUGGCUUACCUGGUCAAAACCUCUGCCUGGAGGCCUUUUUCCCUAUAUGGGAAUAGGUUGCUUUUUCUUCCCAAUGUGUUUGUAACACUUUUUGGCUAAUUAUAUAUGCCAACAGCAGUUCCUCGACUUUUACAUUGCUAUUUAGUGGCAUAAUUUAACUAUCUACCCUCUAAAGCUACUGGUCAUAUUUUUUGUUAUUAAAUUUUUUUUUUUUUUCGAAUGGGCAUAUCUCUUUACAGUUUUUUUAUUAUACCAGUUCUUGAGUUCUUCACCACAAUUAUAUUGUACUAGGAUUUAACUGGGCCAUUCAAUCGCAUAUACAGUAUUCACAAUUGCUCUAUGUCAUUAUAUGGCAUAUAUCUCAAUAACAAAGUGAUUGACAAUAAAUAAAUAGAAAAUCAUUGAUUUGUAGAUAUACCGCCAAUAAAAACUUGCAUGCAUUUAAUUAUGCAUUCUUUUUUAUUGUGGGUAUAUCUAAUAACUGUUUGUAAAAGCUGAAGAUCUCUUGUCUGCAGCAUUUGUAAGCCAUCCCCUUCUAACCCCACCCAGAUUUUCUGUGGCUGUCCAAUGCCGCUCAAUGAGAAUACUUUACAAAGCAGGUGCUGUGAGCAAUUGCUUGCUAAACAACCAGGAAGUAACAGGACCAGUUAUCUGAUUGUCAGCCGGGAGGAGGACAGCUCUCACUUCUGUCCCCAACUGGUGGCAACUGUGAUAAUUGUGAUAAAAUCCAAUUAACUAAUUAAGCAUGAUUGAUUGAUCACUAAUGAGCAAAUUAAUCUAUUAUAGAUAGUUAAGAUGGCACUUGGCUUAAACUGUGUCGCACUAAGAAAUUCAACCUGUGUUGCACUAAGAAAUUCAGCUACGAUGACAUUGCAUAAAAUACUUAAACUGUGUCGCACUAACAAAUUCAACCUGUGUCACACUAAGAAAUUCAACAUUGCAUAGAAUAUUCCAUAGCAUGUCUGGCCAAUAUCCAAAAAGGCCCACGUGCUGAAAAGAGGGAUUUGGUGCCAACAAAUGUGUAGAAAGAUAAGAGUAGGGACAUAGACAGAAUAAGGUACCGCACGUGGCUGGCAUGAGCCUUGGGUGGUCAUGACUGGCCUGAUCAACCAUACUGAUUACUUAAUGCGCAUGACAAGAUACAUGCUGGGCUGCACUGAUAAAAAAAAGUUACAAACUUGAUAAAAAGUAUAAAAGACGGAGAAACUUGGCACUCACUUGGAGAACUACCCACCUGUAAUGCGGACGCGUGUUGCUGGUCUCUGCUGUUCCCAGAGAGGGUCCCUCCAAGCCUGACUACCAGAGUUCUUCAGUCAAGUGCAGAGGACAACCGAGCCCCUCUAAUGGUGAUGUAUACUUAAGCUGAUAUAUCCGGAUGCUAAGCUGUUUUGAAGUGAAUGCAUGCAACUACUUAAUGAGAGUUAAGCUUAUUGGGUCCCCUUGUGGACAAUAAAGUGUGGUGUGAAUUCUUAUCUGCAACUUGGUCUCUGUGUGGUUUCUUUUUUCCUAUAGCCCAAGACACUCAUCUCGAGCUGGGUUGUGUGCCCGCCAAUAUCGCUAUAAACCUUAUUAGGUAAUUGAUUAUUACUUUUUGGAUAUUGGUGCUUCAUGAAUUUAAUGAUUAGGCACAACAGCAACUAUAGCCUAUGCCAGGGAUAGGCAACCUUUGGCACUCCAGAUGUUGUGAAUUACAUCCCCCAUAAUGCUCUUACACCCAUAAUGCUGGCAAAGCAUCAUUGGAGGUAUAGUCCAAAACAUCUGCAGUGCCGAAGGUUGCCUAUGCCUGGCCUAUGCUUUAUCUACUGUACAGCUCUGGACGUUGUAUAAAUACUGACAGAGAGUGUCUCAGGCAGUUUUCUUCCCUUUUUUUCUGUGCGUGUGGGGGGUGGAGAGGCGGAAUUAUUACAUUUUUAUGCUUCUUUCAAUAUGUUGCUAAUUUUUACAUCUAAAACUUAAUUUUGUAAUGUACACUUGUUUUUUUUCACAACUGAUAUAUCAUAAAAGUGUUCUUAUGUACUUUGCUUUUUUUCCAACACACUACAUUUGGAGGUCUUUUCUGAAAUGGACACUUCUGCAAAGAAAGGAUCAAAGCCAAAUCAUUUUAGACAAUUUUUAGAACAAUUUAACGAACAAAUCAGAGAACAAAAUUAUAAGACAAUUUUCAGGACACUUUAUAAAUGUGCCUCAGCAUUAAGACAAUGCAUGGAAGCACAGGAGCUAUGGGCAACGAUAAACCCUUAGCUGUUGUAGGCUAACAAUGCUUCAUGGGAGUUGUAGUCACACCAUGACUGAUGGUUUAUAUUUUGACCACCCUUUUUAAACAAUGUGGUGGGCGUGGUGUGAAUGAGACAAAUUAUUAUUUUUUUGUUACUCUCACCAAGUUUUUUGUUUUGAUGGGUUGGGCCGGAACUGUAUGAAUUACUCUGCACCUCAUCUGUCAAAGCUCGAUCCCACACACAUCUACGAAUUCACAUUGCUUUAUAGUCAAAUUCCAUUCAGGGCCAGAUUAACAAAGAUGCUAUUGGAAUGGCUGCUCAAGACUAAUUUUUUUUAAUUGGGCCCAAAGCUGCCACAAUAUGAAUGUACAGUUGAGUUCUUCAUUUAUUCAUAUAGUAUGAAAUAGGCUGCUGCCAUUACAGAGGCUUUUCACUUGUAUCAAGCUUAAUAAAAAGGCUUCCGACAUUCAGACUAUGGCCUUGAAUACAUUUAAUAAGGUUUUAAUAAAUUUAAUAAAAUUAUUCAAUAUUGUUAGAAAGACUUUAUAAAUGGAGUCUUCUGCAGAUAUAUCAUUUGGAAGGUUUUCUAGCAGCAUCAUACCAACAUUUCACAUGGACAACAAGGGAUACUUGAGUUUCAGGGGUGUGAGUGUUGGCAUGGCAGGGACAGUGCUGUUCUGAGAAAUUGUAGGUAACUUCAUAACAAUUUAUGCAACUAAAAUGUAAUUUAGAGCAAUAACACUGUAUCUCACUUAUACAGAAUGAUUUCAAAACACAUUUAUUGUAGUUUAAAGGAUCACUAUAGGGCCAGGAACACAAACAUGUAUUCCUGACCCUAUAGUGUUAACACCACCAUCUAGCCCCCCCUGGGCCCCUCAUGCCUCCAUAAAUAUAGUAAAAUUCUUACUGUAUUCAAGCCUGAAGCUGUAAAUCUGCAUGCUGUUAGACUCAGAAAAACAAGCAGUCUCCUGACAUGUGGUAGCCUGAUCCAAUCACAGUGCUUCCCCAUAGGAUUGGCUGAGACUGACAAAGAGGCAGAUCAGGGGCAGAGCCAGCAUGAUUCAAACACAGCCCUGGCCAAUCAGCAUCUCCUCAUAGAGAUGAAUUGAAUCAAUGAAACUCUAUGAGGAAUGUUCAGUGUCUGCAUGCAGAGGGAGGAGAUACUGAAUCACAGGAUGCUGUGCCCAGUGCUGCCCUGUGCUCUGCUGACAGCAGAUCUGAGUGGAUCAACUCCGAAGUCCCUCUGUGGCAGUCUUAGUGACUGCAACUGGAGGUGUUCCUAGCUUUCAAUGUAAACACCGUAUUUUCUCAGAAAAUACAGUGUUUACAUGAGAAAGGCUGCAGGGAGCUAUAGUUCUCACCCGAACAACCUCAUUAAGCUGAAGUUGUUCAGGUGACUGUAGUGUCCCUUUAACCCCUUAAGGGCCAAACUUCUGGAAUAAAAGGGAAUCAUGACAUGUCACACAUUACUGUAUUAUUGCUGUGAAGCUAAUGUAUACACUCUGUUAUACACUCAGAAACUCAAACAAUAUAGAGCUCCUAGAAAAGAGGGGCAUUAGGAUAGAAAAGAGGGACAGAAAGAUUUAGUCCCAAAAUAGUGACUGUCCCUCCUAGGUAUAAUAAUUUGAAAAGCUAUAGGUCUAUUGAGGCCUACAACAUACAUUGCAAUCAUAGGUUAGACUAGCAGUAGCUUUUCUAUAUGUCACAUAUGUAGUCCAUAGCUACUGUAACAAAGGAAAUAUAUUGGUUAGGAACAUCAAAAUUCCCAGCUCCAGGUUCAUAAAGUACCAACUCCAGUUCUGAUUUCAUUGCUGCCCAAGCACUGACCACAUUCCUUUUCGUCUCCAGCAGUGACUGUGGGAUAUGUGACUCGAGAUGAGAUUGAACCUGCGUGUGACCGUGAGGUGGCUCUUGAUUUAUCUCUUCAUCACAUUCGUUGUAUGACAGAGACUUCCUCAUACCAUGUAACAGAAGAAAAGGAAGUACGGGAACAUGGAUUUCAAGACCAUGGACAAUCUCUUCAGGUGAGAGUGGAAGUUCACAUACCUCCCAAGUGUCCCUAAUUAAAAGGGAGACUCCCUAUUUUGGGCCAUCUGUCCCUCUAAAUGCAAACUGCUACAACUCCAAAUAGCUGUAUUGUAGUAUUAGUUCUGUUUUGUAAAACAGAUAGACAGAUGACCAAAUGGCUAAAUCUAAAUCCAAAUAAUAAAUUCAAAAAGGUAGAGGACUCAAAACUUUGAGACUUAGGAUGCUAUGUUCAUUUGGGUAUCCUACAUCCACCUUUUUAGGACAGAUAUAAAUAUCUUACAUCAACAGUACUAGAAUACAACACAAUCAAUAUUAUAUAUAUAUAUAAAAAGGAAUACAAUCUCAAAGUGCUUCAAUUCACACAACUCUAUCCAGUGGAUUCAAUAAUGAUAAAGUGCAUCACAAAUAAGUACAUAAAAUAAAGUGCAUAUAUCAGUCACAGUGAAAAGAACACACCGAUUCUGGUUAAAGUGUAGCCACAAAAGUGCUCGCAAUCACAAGUGCACUACUUAAUAUGUAACACAAUAUUUUCCAUUAAGUGUAUCAAUAAAGUGGUAGAAAUUGUACUAUUUUCAAAAAGGUGCAAUACUAUAUAUAUAGUACAGAAUUAACCAUAAUGUGCAUCAAUAAAAUCACAAAUUUGGCUCUCACAAGUCCAAUUUUUGCACUUUGCAGUUGCUGACCUUGCAUUAGUAUUCAUUUUGCUGCUCCUAAGUGUAUUCAGCUUGGAAGUGUUAAGGUGAAUAAACAAAUUAGUUGCAAAAUAUUGUCAGAAGUCAAGCUGAAGAAGUACCUUAUCACAACGAUUAGCUAACUCUGCUAUUUUAACUUAAAUAUUGCACAAGUGUCAUUUCACCACAAUUCACAGUUUAGUGAGGAACCCUGUAAAUGUUUGCCUUAUAUACUAUAAAUAUAGAUAUGUCAACUAACCACUCAAUUACUCCAUAGGCUGAACAGAAGAUGCUUUUCCGUUGCACUCUUUGUGACAAGAGCUUCACAUACCAGCGGAUGCUAAACCGUCACAUGAAAUGUCACAGUGAAGUUAAAAGGCAUCAAUGUGAACAUUGCGGCAAAGGGUUUAAUGACACCUUUGACUUGAAGAGACAUGUGCGCACUCACACAGGUGAGGAAAAGAGUUUGGUGAAUUUAAAGGCUCCAAGUGUUGGCAGAGGCUUAGAGAAUAUGCAUUAUAUGACAAAUAGGUGAGAUUAGAAAGAAGAUUGUAAAAAAAAAAAAAAAAGACAUUAUUUAUAUAGCACCAACAUAUGAUUAUAGAAUGGGGAUUGUGACGAGACCAAUCUCAUUGCAUUGGAGGAGCCUGGUUGCCUGCCUGCUGCCUUUUGACUAUGGACCGGCAUUUAAAUACUUUAUUUUCCUAUGCAGAAAGGUCUAUUCCUGUAUUUCUGCCCUGGCGUUCAGUAGAUUCUCAGAUAGCUAUGCCAUGGAGCCUAUUCGUGUAAUAAAAGACUUUGGCUCCAUGGCGAUUGAACUGUAUGUGUGUGGUCUGAGCGCCAUUCAGUAAUAAUGUGCACUCAGACCUGAGCUAUCUGGGGAUAUGUUGCAUGUCUGUAUUUUAUGUAAUAAAUGUAACCUUGUGUAUUUUAUUGUAUUUUACUGCCAUGGGCUUAAUUAAGUUUUGCCUCUGUCCUUGGAGAUAAUUGGAUUACUUCCCAAUUAUUUCCCGGAUAGAAGACUCUGUGGAACUGGUUUUGGGCAGAAAAGCCAUGCUUCAUUUGGUCACAAAGGACUUUGAUCUAUCUUUCGAACCAAUGGACCAAUUUGGAUAAUUUUGACAUAUGACAUGGAGUAUGCUGAUCCUUGUCUCGUUCUUGGGGGGAUUUAUUGUAUGCUGUUCCAGUUUGACUGCUAGGAGUGUAAACCUAUUCGUAUGGUUUUUCCUAUUCGGCUGUUUACAGCAUUCACAUGGUUUCCUGUUCGGCAGAUUGGUAUCUAUGGUAGAUGCCUGUGUAUCUGGAAGGGGAAUAUCCUCUAAACGGCAGUUAACCCCUUUUAUGCCGGGGGUGCCGUUACAGGGAUAUUUAGAGGUGAAGAAGGCACUGCCAAAAUGAGCUUACAAUCUGUGAGGAUUUGAGGUUGGCAGAUAUAUAUCAUUAGGUGACAUGCCCAAGGACAAUUGUUGAUGCAGUCAGCUAAUAUAUGAAAUUUAGCUGAAGAACCAGUGAUGUAAUUAGUAAGUAGAUGCAAUACUUUCUUAUUUCACCUGUCUAAUUAAUUAUUACAAAUUUCACUGAAUAAGCUUUGGUGCUCCCUAAUGUAUUAAUUGCUAGAAAUUCCCAAGAACUGAGAAGAGAAUUCGGGAGACUAUUUUGGCCCGUUGACCAAGUACAACCAAAUAGUCCAAACUGAAAAAAAAUCAAAAAAAUCUAAUAUAAAAUAUUGAAUUCUUCUAAGACAAUAUGGUGCACUGUGUAGUUAUAGGGACCUGUUUUACGUAGCUAUUCCCCUGUAUACCUUUAAAGGACCACUAUAGUGCCAGGAAAACAUACUCGUUUUCCUGGCACUAUAGUGCCCUGAGGGUACCCCCACCCUCAGGGACCCCCUCCCGCCGGGCUGGAUGGCGCGGAAAGGGGUUAAACUUACCUUUAUUCCAGCGCCGGACGGGGAGCUCUCCUCCUCCUCUCCACCUCCGAUCCUCCUCCUGGGCUAAUGCUUUCCUAUGGACGCUUGCAAACGACUCUAGCGGCUGUCAAUGAGACAGCCACACUUUAGAGGCUGGAUUAACCCAUUUAUAAACAUAGCAGUUUCUCUGAAACUGCUAUGUUUAUUAAAAAAAGGUUAAUCCUAGAGGGACCUGGCACCCAGACCACUUCAUUAAGCUGAAGUGGUCUGGGUGCCUAGAGUGGUCCUUUAAGAGUGGUUGGCUAAUUCCCUAUUCAUAGGUGUUUUUAGGCUAAUAUUACCUUUGCAUUAGCUAUUUAGCUAUAAUUUAUGUUUUACUUUUGCUCUUUGUCCCUGUCUUCCUUUGCUUCUAGUGAUUUUCUCCACCCUUUUUCUCUGUGGUAUGUAUGUGCACCCUCUGCUUUAUGAUGCCCUGAACAGCCAUAGAGACUUGUUUUAGAGUAGUGAGACUAUUCCCCAGCCAUAGGUUUUUGUAGGCAAAUAUAUCUUUCCUUGGCAUUAGGAAUAAUUUAUAUUUUACUUUGCCCCUGUUCUCCUUUGAUUUUAGGGAUUUUCUCUGGUAUGUAGGUGCACCCUCUGUUUUAUGGUGCCCUGAGGUUGCCAUACUGACCUGUUUUAGUUACCUUUUCCCUGAAUACCUUUAAGAGUAGUGGGGUUAUUCCCCACCCAUAGGUACCUGUAGGUAUUUAGUGUCUACUGUCUGUUAAUUGUUUGUUUGCUUAUUAUGGCAAACAUAUAUUUUUACAUUGCAAAUAAGAAAAAUAAAGAAGUGUUAUGAAAGGUGGAUUCUUUUAUUGUUUGCUGUUUACCUUAAAUGACAUUAUUGUCACAUCUGAAAGCUUGACAGGUUUGAUUACAUGCCUUGCAUGACUGUUUAAGGAACCCCUGCAGCAAUGUUCGUAUUGCAGAUGUUGGCUAGGGUACAUAGUAUUCUAAGCAACUUUUAUGAGAUACGUGUGGUAACUGCUUUGGAAUUUCAGUGAAAUCACAACACAAUCCAUAAAUACCCUAAGGCAAAGUAGGGACUAAAAAAAGUGACAAGGGGCGCAGGGCCUGACCACCAAGCUGGAAAGACGCGUGGUCCAUAAGCUCCUCAGCACUGUCACUCACACCGCAAUUAAAGUACCUUUUGAUGCUGACUUUUUGCUCCAUCUGAGUAUAGUCUGGGAGUAAAGGCUCUUGUGCACCUCCAACUAAAAACUCAACCGCAGAUCUGCCCGCAGAGAGUAUCGUCCAAUGGACAAAACUUGAGGCCUAGUGUGGGAAGUUGACGGGGGAAGCGGCCGGUCUCCCGUUUCCUGACCUGCCUGGACCUUUCGGGAUCACAUCCAAAGCCCCAUAUUACCCCCCCUCACCCACCCCCUGUGGGCUGAUGGGGGUUAUCCUGGCCUCCCGCUUGUCUCGAGAACUGCUGUCCUGCAUAAAGUAGUUACUCACCCUGCAGACCACACUACGCUAGAUGGCAGCAACUCCACGUGUCUCUAAUAUAUGGGACAUGGCGCCGGAACAGGCCAAUAUGCAGGGCUGGCAAUCCCGAACCCAGACUUACCUGAAUGCUGUCCUCAAGCAACUCUGGGUAACACAGAAGGGACCCGAGGUGUCGGCUGUCCCAAGCAUCCUGCCCACAGUUAACAGUGAAAUGGAGCGUUGAGAGAGCGGUAUGUCCCGAGCAGAAUUGCGACUACUGCACUUGCUACUCGCAUCAUCUGCCUACCUCCACUGAGGACUCUUUGGAAGGUAGCAUCGACAGACCACCCACAGGGGCGGGAGUCAACUAGACGAGCCAGACGGUGGCAUCAUCAGAACCGCGCUAAAGUACAACACAGUAGCCCACCUAGAAAGAGCUCAUAUUGGGUCUGGAGAUGGAUGGGUGAACUUAUCUGUCGCUGUUCUCUUGCUCCCACAAGCGGACUCUCAUUGUACUACCAAACCCUACCAAGUCAGGGAGUCAGUUAAUUGUCUUACUAUACCUUACGGACACGCUCUCAUGUCAUAUAGGCCUUUGGUUCCAGCGGAAUAAUAUUGCAGUUACCACUGUUACACGCACUAACAUACUAAGCUUAACUUUAAUCUCCAUGUCUAGAGCAGAUAUAUAUUAAUUUGUUAUUCUUUGCAAUCUCACUUAGACAUGUCUGUCAUAUUCCUUUUAUAGAUAAAAAAAAAAAUGGUGCUUAAGGGGUUAAACCUUGACAUAUUAUUUUUUUUCUCUCAUGCUAAUCUUGGAUUGUCAAAAUGUCUUUACUUGCAUGUUAUACCUUCAAAGCACCAAAAAAAUAAAGAAUGUCAAAAAAUAAAUAAAUAAGUGACAAAAUGUGGAGCACCACCAUUAGCUUUUGUCCAACCUCAGCAGCCAUUGCAAUCGACAGCUGUGGGAUUCAGACAUUGUCUUGCUCGUAUCAUUGGUUCCUUCAUAGAUCUAAGUGCUGUGCUUUUGUGCGUGCACAAAAGUACAACUCUGACCUGGCUCCUGAAAGGCAUAGCGCCAGGGGGAUGGGGAAGGUGGAGGGAAGUAUACCUACCUUCAACUGCACCUUGCAAACCCUAAUCUGAGUUGGGUUUUUUGCAGAUCCUAAUCUGAGUAUUUUUAUCACAGUUCUCUUGGAGUUGUUCAUUUAAUAAGGUUAGCUCUUUGAAAAUUAUGCUGUAUACACUCCCUAUGAAAGGGAAAAUUAUAAAUGUAUUAGUUAUUUAGGAAAUAAGUUCACAGGACAAAUCUGUAGGGAUACAUUGAAUUACCUUAAAAUUCCACUAUUGUGCUGCUAAAAAAAACUUUUCAUUGUUUAGUUGAUCAGCUACACAAUGCAUAUAGCCAACAAUUAAAGAAUACUACUAUCUUUAAAUAAGUUAUUCAUAAGGUAUGUUAUAAUGUCACAACAGUCCUCUUGUAUCAUGUAGGUAAAAGAACACUGUAUCCAAAGUGUGAUUAGUUACUUUGUUGAUCCAGUGAUGUAACUUUGUGUGGCCUUCAAAUGAUGAAGAAUAAAGAUCAUGGCAUAAUAAAUUGUUUGAUACACGGCACACAAAGAUUAAAAACCCUUACAUAAGACUUCUCUCUAAGCUCACACAAAAAGUGCUGUUUAGUCAAUGUGGAUGUGUGGAAUACCACUUAUUUUCCUUGGAUCCAGGCAGUAACCUAGUUGGUGUCUUCCUUGUACUACUGUGUAUAUCCCAGAUACCCUACUGGUGCACAGCCUGGAUUCAAGGUGAAUAAACAGUAUUCCUCACAUCCACAUUGAUUAUACUCCAUUUUUUAUCUUAGCGUAGACAUAAGUCAUACACUCUCUUAUGUAAGGGUUUUUUAAUGAUAGAGUGUCAUAAUCCCUAUAUUUCUUUAUCAAUGAGCUGUCUCUGCUCACUGCUGAGAUGCACUGAUGAGGCUGGGUGUAGGCAAGGAGAACACAGAGCAGUAGCAUUCUGGCCAUGGACUGCAGUAAUGAGGAAACUGGGGAGCGGCCCAGAGAAGCUGUGGCACACUGCCUGCUCUCUCUGAAACAAUAGCUGGCUGCCAGUUGUCCCCACAUCCCCUGAAAUAAGACAUCUAAAGUAUAGGGAUAUUCUUUAUUAUGGGGUGUAUGUUACGCCUGUGACAGUCUGUCUGUGCUUGUGUGUGCCUGCCUGUCUGUGUGUGACUGUGUAUUCCUGUCUGUACCUUUGUGUACCUGUCUGUGUCUUAGUGUGUUUGUUUGUUUGUUUAAAUUAGUCUGUGCUUGUUCACUUGUGCCUGUUUGUGUACCUGUCUGUGCCUGUGUGUACCUGUCCAUCUGUGCCUUCUGUGUCUGUCUGUGCCUGGGUGUACCUGUCUGUGUCUGUCUGUGAUGUCUUGAAGUAAUUUACAUUUUGGACAAAAACAAGUCAUUCUUGACUCAACAAGGGCAGUCAGAAUUCUCUUUGAUGAGCAUGUUGUGCCUAAAUGCAUUUGAAUUCUAUUGAAGCUGGCCCAAGCACAAGCAAACUGUUUUGCAUAAUUCUGUGGCGGAUCACUCACCAAGGACCCAAGUGUCACCGCCAAUGCUUUCCUUUCCCUCUGAAGUAUCUCUCCCAGCGUAUAGAAUAAUGAUUAUAGCUCAGUGUUAUAGCUUCUAUAGUGGUUUCACCCAAAAACUAGUCGAGACUUAGUGAAUAGUGAUGAAGAAGAAUUUUUAUUGUCAGCUUGUCACACUUUUAUACCCAAGGCCUCAACAGGAGGUCCCCAGGAGAAAAACAAGAUUGCGACAUCCCUGGCACCUUGGUGUCUGUACCUAGAUGGAUAAUUUAAUUAGCCGACAGACACCUUUGAACUGGGUAACAAAAACAGUAAUAAUACAGUGUUUCAAUGCCAGCAUCCCCAAAUAAAUGGUAUCCCAGUAAAGCUCUCUUCUGAGCGCCCACUCUGUCCAAAAAGCACUUGAAUAGGUGGUGGCUAGCUUGAGUUAGGUGGAAGUCAGGAUUUUAGUGGGCCACUGCUCCUCCGAUCCGGCACAUAGUUCCAGACAUCUGGGCAGAAGUUCCCAGUAACCAAAAUAGUGGCAGUAACAAACUGUGUCCAAAAGACUAUACUCACUCUUACUCUCUCCCUGUUACACGUUCCCCUACCAUCCCAGCAAUCCCUUUGUUUCAACCCAUCUCAGCCUGUUCAGCCAAUCGGAACGUUUACCCAGGAGCGGGAGAUACGGAGAAUCUCUCUGGAACUCCAGCGCGGCUAUGGACAAGCACCUCACACAAGUCACUUUUUUUACCCUUGUUUUAACCCCUUUCCCAAAGAGCUAAGAAGGGGCUGUUUAGAGGUUAUAUUACCCCAUCCUCCUGAACAAUCACUUCCUGUAAACUAGAGGGAGACCUCCUUUUUCAUCCCCCUAGAUCAUCCCGUAAAAGACCACGACCUAGCCUUAACCGCAUGAAGCCAUAUUAGGGAAGAACUUUAACAGCGGUUGGUCUAAAAGUUAAUCGAGUGUAUUUUGGACAAUUUCACAUGGAUCAGAGCACUAUUUUCAAUUAAUGCGUGCUCCGAUCCCCUCUUUCAGGGGAUAUAUGACUUGUGGGGAUAUCAUGUUUUCGGGUUGUUUUGGGGGUAUUUGUGUGUAGCCUCUUCUGUGUCCAGGAGAUAAUUAGUUUACCGGUUAUCAACUCAAUUAUCUCCCAGACACAGAGAUGCCUGGGCGGGCUUAGGACUGAAUGAAUAGAGACCCCAUGCUGGGGGACCUUGUAUAAAUACCUGUACCUUCUGCCUGAAUAAACCAUACUGAUUUACCUUUCAUCAAGUUUUGGCUGAUGCUUGGGGAUACUAGAGCUAUAUCACACUUUCAUUCUGCAGGAUCAGGUAGACUCCUCAGCGGAUAUACUCAUUCAGAGUAUUGGGUGUUCCGUUACAGUGGCUAUCUUAGUACCCCCUCCUUGAGGCAUGUAUUGGGCCAUGGAGGUGGAAUUCCUGAACCCUGGUGGUCCACUGGGAGAUGCAAAAUGUCUGCACCCUCCCUCAGACACUAUAUUUUGGCAGAGCAGGCACCUGCCGUCAAGCUAUGCAGGAGCCUACUCUGCCCUAGCACACAACUGGCAGCCACUUUGGUGGGACCUAAGGUGACCAGCCUGCCAGCUCUUGGGACCCCUGACAGGUGGAACACAGAAGGCCCAGUUGCAAUCUCGACUUCAGCGAGUAGUUCAUGCAUCAACACCAUUCACCCAGUUUUUCAAAAUUAUACCUUUCAGAUACAUUCCAAACUUUGACUCUACCAUCAUAUUCACAGCCUACCCAUUUCUCCAAUAACAAUAUAUGCCUGAAAUAUGUCAGGUUUUUGUGGAAGAGCUCAUAAGAUUUUAUCAUCUUUAUUAUUAUUAUUACUUUAUACUUUAUUUAUAAACAACAUAUUCCGUAGCAUUAUCCAUGGGUACAUGGAAGAGUAUUUGUGUGAGUAGCUACAAUGACAGAUUUAGGAGACAUUAUGGAGAGGGCUAAAACUGCUGAUCUGAAAAAUUUGAAUUCCUUUUCAACACAGAUUCCUUCUCCUCUACAGGUGUUCGCCCGUAUAAAUGCCACCUCUGUGACAAGGCCUUCACUCAGCGUUGCUCACUGGAGUCACACUUGAAGAAAAUCCAUGGGGUGCAGCAGAACUAUGCUUAUAAAGAACGGCGGACCAAGCUCUAUGUGUGUGAGGAUUGUGGCUACACUGCUGACAGCCAGGAGAGCCACAUCUAUCAUUUGCAAGAACAGCAUCCCCACAGUCCCCUAAUCCCACGUGCUACAAAAAAACUCACCAUGACCCUCCAGACCACAGUAAACUCUCUGAUACAAGGAGGUCAUCUCAUCUGAAGCUGGAUUUUCUGCUCGUCAUGAUUAUUUGAGCUAUGUCAAAAAUUAGUUAAUGACAAUUUUGAGUUGCUUCCUUUGCUACAGCUACCACGCAGUCAAAUUUCCAAUUUUGAGCCGGAACAUUAAGUCCAAUGUUCAAAAUUUCACAAGUGCCAUAUUUAUGAAAUUUGCUCUAUCCCAGAUGGCUGUUGGUGACAAAAUAAUAUGCUUCAUUUAACAGCAGUCAUCAUGGACCAUAUGACACUGGCAAAACUUUCUAUAGAAAACAUAGUGACAUUUACUCUAACAUAUCAUAUUUCAUUUUUUUAAAUGGCAAAAUAAAUAUAUUUUUAUGCUCAUUAUAAACAUAUAUAGCUAUCUAUAUAUAGCUAUCUAUAUAAACUAAAUUUUCCAGUGUAGGAUGCAUAAAGUGAUCUCAUAAAAUAUUUGACCACUUCACUGAUAAGCACUCCAUCUAAAAUACUUCAUACAUUUACCCCCAAUUCUAAAGGGGACAUUUCAUAAAUUGUAAAGAGGAGCUGUCCUAUUAUCUUGCUAUUUUUUCUAUUUAAGCUGAUAUUAAGUUUUAGCUGUCAAUAGUAAUUUCUAUUCAGUUCAGUAAAACCACUCUUUCCUUCACAGUAUGCCGAUGAAUGAGUGUACCACAUUAUCAAGAUACUCCGCAUAUGGAUUUUCCUCACUGAAGGAAUGUCUGUGCAAGGAAUUAUAGGAUAUACCUGUAAUUAAUUUGCAUCAGAUGCCAGGCUAUGCCAGGACAGGUUUGCAUUUGAUACAAAUGUAAUUUUUAAGUAGAAGAUUUGAGUUUAGUUUAUUUUUUUUAUUUUUAUAUUUUGAUUUUUAACAUAAAAGCAUAAAUAGUCCAUAUU